CGUCACUUCCGGUUUCAUCUUCGCUCCACUUUGCACUAGGAUCGCCUACUCCGACGACUCCAAAAAAAAAACGUCAAAAGCGACAGGAACUCUCGAUUAAUUUUAUCAACAUUUUUUACAGUGAAUUGCACGAUAACGCGAUUAAUCGGCGUUAAUUGUUAUUAAUCAUUCUGGUUGUGAGGUGAGAGGGAUUCUGUUCGAGAUGUACACCAGGAGUCGAGGGGCAAACCAAACCCAACAAAACACAUCAUUCGUUCGAGGGCCGAUUCUGAAUGCCAGUAAUCAGGGGUAUCAGACCGGAAAUGCAAAUGCAGCUGCUUUUGGCCAGUCAACGCCGCAGAAGCAGGGACAGGUGCAGAUUCAAGGGCAGAUUCAAGGGCAGAUUCAAGGGCAGAGGGGAACGCUACAGCAGCAGAAACCCAUGCAGCAGCAGCAGCAGCAGCAGCAGCAGCAACAGCAACAGCAGCCACAGCAGAUGAAGCCGAUGCAGCAGCAGCAACAGCAGCAGCAGAAACCUAUGCAGCAGCAGCAGCAGCAGAAACCUAUGCAGCAGCAGCAGCAGAAACCUAUGCAGCAACAGCAGUCAUCACAGAAGACCUUCCAGCAACAGCAGCAGCAGCAGCCACAGCCACAGACCACCCAGAAGACGUUUCAAUCUCAGACAUCUCAGCCACAGAAAAUUUUCACCCAGACUCCUGAAAAACCUCAGGUCAAUGCUCAAGCUCAGAAGGCACCUGCAGCCAAUUCUAAUCAGAAUAAUGCGGGGAAUGUGACUGCUGCUGGUUCAAGUCAGGGGAGUCAGGGGAGUCAGGGGAAUCAGGGGAGCCAGGGGAAUCAAGGGAACCAGGGGAACCAGGGGAACCAG